AUGAGUUUAUAAUUUUUCAAACCUCUGAUUAUUACAGUCCUUCUAAAAUCGUCAAUUGUCUUAGCAUCUAAAUGUGAAAUUACUUAACUUGUAACUGGUGAAGUAUUUAUAUCAAAGAUACCUAAUACUAUGUUAAUUGAAAGUGAUACAAAUGAUUAUUCAAAUCUUGAAUAAUUUGAUUAGAGCAUAAUUAGUUAAAUUAUUAAAGUAUCAUAUUAGGGAGAAGAAUAAAUCAUUUCAUCAUUGAUUGUUGAUCAAAUAAAUGUUGAAAAUUAAAUAGGAUAGUUAUUUUGCAAAUUUCUAAAGGGCUUAAACUAUUUUAUUACUUGUAUGAAUGAUUUAAAUUUUGAAAGUGAAAAGAAUUACCAUACGAAUUAAAUUGAUUCAUUAAUAUUGAAUCCUUCAAUAUAGAUUGAUGAUAUUUGUGAGGAAUUUUUUUUGAAUGAUCAUUCAGAAUUUUUAAUUUUCUGUUUUAAUUCUUAUAAGUUCAAUAUAUAUAGUAUUAAUUUUAAUAAUACAACUACUUUAAAUUUAAGUUAUUAGAUUAAUUUGGAAGAAUAUAUUUAAUGUAAAAGAAAAUAUGCCAAAUUAAAUGAAAAUAUCUACAUUUUGACUUUUUAUUAAUGUUAAAGUUGGGUAGUAUUCUCUUAUUAUAAUAACAAAUUGAAAAUAAUUUUGAAUAAAUAAAUUGCACUAAAAUAUGUGAAUUAAAUGGAUACAUAAAUUGAGAAUAUUUAAUUAUGUUUAAGCAAGAGCACAUUAUCAAAAUAAUUAUUUUUGAUUAUGGAAAAAGAAUAUCAUCAUUAUUUUUUUAAUGAAUUUUAUGAAUUAGAUUUUAUAUAUUCCUCUGAAAAGGCUUUAAAAUGGGAAAAUCUUCUAUUCACAUAAACUUGUAAUGCAAUUUAUUCAGUAACAUACGUUGAAGCUGUUAAUAAAACCAUAAUUUACAAAUCUUAAAGCUAUUUAGAAAUUGAGGGUACAAUAAUUACCAGUUAAUUUUUUUAAGAUAUUCUGUUUGUAUAAACUCAUAAUGAACUCUAAAUUUAUUUCAAUCAAUUUAUAAAAUAGCAUCUUUAAAUUAAUACUUCAUAUUUAAUUUUUUAUGAUAAUUUUAAUUUGAUAUAAUAAGUAGAUGAAAUAAAUAAGGAAAUUACAUUUUACAAAUUUUCUUAUGCAAAAAAUAUAUUGAAACCAACAAAAAAAUAUAUAUUUUUGGCCUAAACUUCAUUAUACCAUGACUCAUAUUUUGUAAAUUGUACUGAAAUUAAAAAUAUUACUGUUAUUGAUGAAGGGCAUACAAUUUUGAAUUUUGAUAAUAAAUGUUAAAAUUCUUCUCAAUUGUUUAUACAAAAGAAUGAAUUGGCUCUUCCUUUUGAUUAUGAAAUUUUGUUGCCUUUAUAAUCAUUCGAUUUUUUUAAUAUUUAUGAUAGAUAACCCUUUAUUUAAUAUUGUCCUAUAUUAAAAAGAUAACAUCUUAGUGAUCAUAACUUAAUGUUUUAUACAGAUAAAAAUGGUGGAUUUAUCUCAUUGCAAUCUAAAAAUAGUUUAUAAACAUUUCUUUGUAAUGGUACAAAUAAAUUUAAGAUAAAUACAGCCAAUUAUGAUGUAUCUUCAUAUCAGAAUUUUGUUUUAAUAAUAAACAAAAGUGAAAGAAAAUUGAAAUUUUUAGAUUUAUUAAAAAUUCAUGAAGGAAUUAUAGAAAGAAAAGUUAAGAGUGAAAUCAUAAAUAUUUUCCAAUUUGAUAAAUUAAUUUCAAUUAUAACCCAAAAUCCUAGUGAUUUUAUGAUAAUUAAUUUGGAUAGUUUAAUUGAAGUCAAAUUAAAUGAGAAUACAAAAAGACUACUAUAUAAAUUAUUUUAACAUUCUUUAUCUUAAUCCAAAAACUUUAACCAAAAUUCUCUAUUAAAUUGUUCCUUUUAUGUUUCAGAUGAAUCUUCCUCAUUGAUAUAGUUUAAGGAAUAUUUGAUAAUUUAAUUGAAUUAAGGAAAUUAAAUCAAAAAAAUUGAUAAUAUAUAAAUUGUUUAUAUGAAAACCAUUUAUGUACGAAGUUUAUAUUAUUUUUUGGCAGUACAUCUAAAUCGUAAUAAUAUAAUAGAAUAUCAUUACGAUUUCGACCAAUUAUCAAUUUUUAAUAAUUAAACACUAGACGAUUAUUAAAUUAUUAGACCAUUAAGAUACUAAAUAAAUAAUAAAUAUUUUGCAAUAGCAUGUAAAAAUGAUACAACCAAUUUCAUUUUUAUAUAUACUAUCUACAUUUCAAAACCUUUCAAAUUAAUCUAUGUUAUUAAAACGAAUAGAUUAUAAUUCUUUUUCAAAGAUUAUCACUUGUUUUAUUAUGAUGAUAAGGACGAAGUUAUGAUUUUAAGUCUUACUGACUUUAUAGUAUAAAUUAAGAACAUCUUUCCAUUAGAAAAAGAUAAUAGUAUGACUAAGAAAAACUUCUCAUUUUACAUAGUGCCUUUGAAUAAAUAUUACUCUAAUUUUGAGAUAGAAUUUGAAGUGAGAAGUAGUAAUCUUUGUUAUUAAAUUUACAAUAGAAACAAUAUUCUUUAAAUUUAAUUGUCAAUUCCAAAAAAUGUAAAAUUAAAUACACUUGAUUAUUUUGAUGGUCCAAUUGAUAGACUCAAUAUUUUAAAUAAUGAUAAUAUUAUUAUUAAUGGUCCCAUACUGUUAUCAGAUAAUUUAUUAUCUCAAUAAGAGAUAGGAUCAAUAAAUAUUACAACUAUUACACUACCUUAAUUUAUUUAACAUAUUCUCCAUAAAACAAAAGGCAUUUUAAUUAAAUUAGAUGAAGAAUAAUAGAUCUUGAUUCCAAAUAAAUUAAAAAAUAAAACAUAUUAAGGAUAGGUCAUUGUAAUUAAUGGAAAAUUAAAAAUUUGGGUAUUGAUUGAAGUAAUAAAUGCUAUCAUAUCUAUGUCAAUUUUAUAAAUGAAUGACAAUGUUGAAUUUUUUACAGAAAUAAAAAAAAUUAUAAUUAGUGAUUAAUAGAAUGAUAUAUUUUAUUAAGAUCCUAUAAAAGUUACAGGAAAUUUAAUAUUAUUUAAAAGAAUCAAUAGUCAAUUUAUUAUUUAUUCUAUUAACAAAACAGAAAUUUAUUUUUAAGAAAACGAUUAAUCUUUAUUAUAAAUUUUAAAAGUAAGAGGAUAAAAUGAUUUGUACAUUUCACUAAGUUAAUUGCAUUAAAGAUUUAUUAAUAUAUUUCAUCUUCUCUCUCUUUAGUCAAAUAAAUUAAAAGAGAUUGGUUAAACCAUAAUUUCUUAGUCAACUAUUAAUCUUGAAUUAUAUAAUUAUUUAUAUUUUGAUGAUAAUGAAGUUAACAUAAAUUAAUUAAUAAAUUUUUUAGAAUGUAAUCUAUACCAAGAAAAAAUAAGUUUAUUGAUUUUAUAAAUUUUUACAAGUUUUUCUGUCAUCGCCCAGAUUUAAAUUAAUUUGUAAGACUUUUCAUCUUCUUAUAAAGUUUUGAAAUUUAUAAGAAAUAGCUAAGAAUAAAGUGGAUUAACGUUGGCAUAUUAUAGUGAAUAUGUUUUACUCUUAAAGUCUUCUAAGAAUUCCAUUUAUAUUUAUAAUUUGUUAUAUGAGAGGAAACUUUAUGAUUAUAUUGGUAGUUUUAAUUUAAUUAAUUGGAAUUUCUACCCUUUAAAUACUACUCACUUAUUUAUUUAUACUGAUUUAGGUGAUAAAUUACUUAUAGGGGAAUCUGGAUACUUAAUUUAGGUUAAUGAAGAAAAUAAUUAAGAAAAUACUUUUACAUUGAUUGCUUAAAAUGACGUAUCAGAGGCUGGACUUAAGGUAUUUAUUGAAGUACCAUAAACAUAACAAUUAAAUAUAAAUUAAUAUACCAUUUGGAUAUUAUCGGGACUAGUUUCUGCUUUAAUUAUUUUAUAUUUUCUUAGAAGAAGAUUUAGAUUAAAGUAGUAAUGGAAAUAUAAUAAUUAUAAAUAUUGA